AUGGAGUACGAAAACGAAUUCACGUCUCUUUCUCGCUUUGCUCCUGAGUUAGUGAGCAAUGAAGUUGACAAGACGAGGAAGUUUAUCUCUAGCCUUCCUUACCAAAUGAGGCCGUUUAUGAUGGCCCAUUCUCAGGCACAGGCACCACAGGGACGUGUCUUUGCACUUACACCAACUGAUGCAUCUUCUGGACCACCAGUUCUCCGAGGUAUCUUCCCAGUGUUUGGUUCUUGGGCUCAUGUUCUCUUUGACUCUAGUGCAUCUCAUUUCAUUGCAUCAUCAUUUGCACUUACAUCGGAGUUAGAGGUCAGUUUCAUGGAUCGGGUGUUAUGUGUUGAUACGCUAAUUUGGGUUCCAGUGUCCUUGAGCAGAGUUGUGAAAGAUUGUUCCAUUGUGAUAGCCGGACGGACUUUUGUGUUUGACUUUAUCCUCUUAGAGAUGACUAGUUUUGAUGUCAUUCUAGGGAUGAAUUGUGAUUCCCAACCUUCAUCAUUAUAUGGAAUUCGUGGAAGAGGUCAUGGUGAUUACUUCUUGGCUAUCCUUUUUGCCAAAGAAGAUGAUGGUGUGGAAGAGGAUUACCCUACAGUUGUCCAUAAUUUUCUGAAUGUGUUUCCGGAGGAUUUAACCAAGUUGCCUCCACAUCGAGAAGUGGAGUUCACUAUUAAUUUGAUGCCCGGUACAGCGCCGAUUUCUACGGCACCGUAUCGUAUAGCACUGGUGGAGUUAGAAGAAUUGAAGAAGCAACUUAAUGAUUUAAGGAUGAAAGAUUUCAUCCAAUCGAGUGUGUCACUGUAG